UAUGGUUUUGAGCUCUGGACUCCGACUGAGAAAGCAAUUCCAAUUCUCUUUGGGUUCUUUGAGUCGUUCCUAUAUUUCUUCGUGCGCGCCCCACCGAUCAUCGUCUUCGUGUAACUCUAUCUUCCUUAAUUCUCUGCAGUUUGGGUUUUUGGAUUUGGCGGGUUGUUUGUUUGUUGUUGUGGUUGGAAGAAGAUGUGGGCUGCUUCAUGCCUUGCAUCGUGUUGUGCGGCAUGCGCAUGCGAUGCGUGCCGCACUGUGGUUUCGGGGAUUAGCAGGAGGUCUGCAAGGAUCGCCUACUGUGGUCUCUUUGCCCUUUCUUUGAUUGUUUCCUGGAUCCUUCGUGAGGUUGCCGCCCCUCUCAUGGAGAAGCUCCCUUGGAUCAAUCAUUUUCACAAAACACCUAACAGGGAAUGGUUUGAAACAGACGCGGUGCUAAGGGUUAGCUUGGGAAAUUUUCUGUUUUUCACUAUCCUGUCAUUUUUAAUGAUUGGCGUGAAAAACCAGAGGGAUCCUCGUGAUGGUUUGCACCAUGGUGGAUGGAUGAUGAAAGUCAUCUGCUGGUUCAUUUUAGUGAUCUUAAUGUUUUUUGUUCCAAAUGAGAUUAUCAGCUUCUAUGAGACAAUAUCAAAGUUUGGCUCAGGACUGUUUCUUUUGGUUCAAGUUGUACUGUUACUUGACUUUGUUCAUGGAUGGAAUGACAAAUGGGUUGGAUAUGAUGAGCAGUUCUGGUACGUUGCGCUGUUUGUUGUUUCACUUGUUUGUUAUUUGGGUACAUUGGGCUUCUCUGGACUUCUCUUCCACUGGUUCACACCAUCUGGACAGGAUUGUGGGCUCAAUACAUUCUUUAUUGUGAUGACCUUGAUUGUUGUUCUUUUGUUUGCCAUAGUUGCACUGCAUCCUGCAGUUGGUGGUAGCAUUUUGCCAGCUUCAGUUAUAUCACUGUACUGCAUGUACCUUUGCUACAGUGGGCUUGCAAGUGAACCAAGAGAUUAUGAAUGCAAUGGUCUUCACAAGCAUUCUAAAGCAAUUUCUACUGGCACCCUGACGUUUGGUCUGCUUACCACUGUCCUAUCAGUUGUCUAUUCUGCUGUUCGUGCUGGGUCCUCUACGACUCUGCUCUCCCCACCAAGUUCACCUCGUGCAGGUGCUGGAAAGUCUUUGCUUCCAUUGGACAAAGCAGAUGAGCAGGAAGAAAAGGAUAAGAAUAAGCCAGUGACAUAUUCAUACGCCUUCUUCCACAUCAUCUUUUCUCUGGCAAGUAUGUAUUCAGCAAUGCUUUUGACUGGAUGGUCAACCUCAGUUGGGGAGAGCGGGAAGUUGGUGGAUGUGGGGUGGCCAUCUGUUUGGGUCCGGAUUAUAACUGGGUGGGCAACUGCAGGUCUUUAUAUCUGGUCUCUGAUUGCUCCUAUUCUGUUCCCAGAGAGGGAAUUCUAAAUCUCCAUAGAGAACUUGCAAUAAAUUUACUGUGUAUAUGGGUGUGAUCGCUGAUGGAUUUACAUUCUAAAGUUUCUAAGUUGAACUGAGAUGGUAUUGCGGUACAUUUAAUCUCUGUAUGUGUGUGAUUGGUGCAGGAUUGCUACCACUGAAAACUUAAAAAACUUGUUGAUAGUAUUUUCAUAACGUAGUUAUCACAAGUUUGAAAUAAGUUUUCCUUUUGCUCC